AUGAGCCAGAGGCAGGUCUUACAAGUUUUCGAGCAGUAUCAAAAAGCCCGAACUCAGUUUGUUCAAACGGUUGCUGAACUUGCUACUAGGCCACAGAACAUCGAGACCCUCCAGAAUGCAGGUGUAAUGUCUUUGCUGAGGCCUCUUCUGUUGGAUGUGGUCCCAACUAUUCAACAGACUGCUGCUUUGGCUCUUGGGAGACUUGCCAAUUAUAACGAUGACCUGGCAGAGGCGGUUGUUAAGGGAGACAUUCUUCCACAGCUUGUAUAUUCAUUGGCUGAACAGAAUCGUUUCUACAAGAAAGCAGCUGCAUUUGUGUUAAGAGCGGUUGGUAAACAUUCUCCUCAGCUAGCUCAAGCGAUAGUUGAUUGUGGAGCACUGGAUACACUUGUGAUUUGCUUGGAAGAUUUUGAUCCUGGAGUAAAGGAAGCUGCAGCCUGGGCACUUGGGUAUAUUGCCAGACAUAAUGCAGAACUGUCACAAGCUGUGGUGGAUGCAGGAGCUGUUCCUCUUUUAGUACUCUGUAUCCAGGAGCCAGAAAUUGCUUUGAAAAGGAUUGCUGCCUCAGCCCUCAGUGAUAUUUCAAAGCAUUCUCCAGAGUUAGCUCAGACAGUAGUGGAUGCGGGGGCCAUUGCUCACUUAGCUCAGAUGAUCCUGAACCCUGAUGCUAAACUGAAGCGUCAGGUGCUUUCAGCUCUCAGCCAAAUAGCAAAACAUUCUGUGGAUCUUGCAGAAAUGGGGGUUGAAGCAGAAAUUUUCCCAGUUGUACUUACAUGCCUGAAGGACUCAGAUGAAUAUGUCAAGAAAAAUGCUGCAACUUUAAUUAGAGAGAUAGCAAAGCACACGCCUGAGCUUUCACAACUUAUAGUCAAUGCAGGAGGAGUUGCUGCUGUGAUUGAUUGUAUUGGCAACUGCAAAGGAAAUGUCAGGCUGCCUGGCAUCAUGAUGCUUGGCUACGUAGCAGCUCAUUCUGAGAACCUGGCAAUGGCAGUGAUCAUCUCCAAGGGGGUGCCACAGCUGUCUAUCUGCUUGUCAGAGGAACGAGAAGAUCAUAUUAAGGCAGCGGCUGCUUGGGCCUUGGGACAGAUUGGAAGACAUACUCCAGAGCAUGCACGUGCUGUUGCUGUAACAAAUGUGUUACCAGUGCUGCUUUCCCUGUAUAUGGAAACAGAAAGCUCAGAAGAUCUUCAAGUGAAAACUAAAAAGGCCCUAAAGAACAUCUUGCAGAAAUGCACAUAUCUGCCAGCACUUGAACCCUUGCUGCAUGAUGCGCCUCCCAAUAUUCUGAAACACAUAGUUGGGCAGUUCAGUAAGGUGCUGCCGCAUGAUAGCAAAGCACGACGUCUCUUUGUAACAAGUGGUGGACUUAAAAAAGUUCAAGAGAUAAAAGCAGAGCCGGGGUCACUUCUUCAAGAGUACAUCAACACUAUUAACAACUGUUACCCAGAGGAAAUAGUAAGGUAUUAUUCUCCUGGAUAUUCUGAUGCACUUCUGGAAAGGGUGGAAAAUUAUCAACCAGUUUUAUAA